UUCAUUCGCAAAGUUGUGCCGGAAGUUGGUCUGCCGGAAGUCGAAGAACCGCCGCAAAACGGGAGUUUCGAACUUGCACGAAAACGGUUCGAGCCAAAAACCAAAACCAAAACACAGUGACGCCGAAAGCUUUGUUUGUGUUGUGCCAGUGUGGGUCGGAGAUAUAGAUUCAGAUAUAGCGGUAUCCUAUCCUCCGGGUCAAAAAGGAGAAAAGAAAGCAAAGAAAGCCGAGGAGGAGAAUGUUUUAACAACUGCCGCGUUUGUGAGUGUGUGUGUGGCUUGCCAAGUGCAAGAAGCUGUAAUUUAUAUAUAUCUUACCGUAUUUUGUGGAAAUUAAAUUAUGUUAAGUGCUCAAAUCAGUACGAAGAAGGUGCUGUGAAAAGCGAACGCGGCGAGCGCCUGGAGCAACAACAUCAGGAAGAAAGUGAAGCCAAAGGAGGUGCCAGCCAAAAAACCGCCACAAGGAGAAGUACCUAAGAGUUGGAAAGUGAAGGCACAGCUAAAUAAGUUGCAAUGUAAAGAGCCCUCCGAAAGGACGAACAGGACUUGUCAACGAGCUGUAGAAGCAGCUGCCACUGCAACGAUUGACAGGACAAAAACAAAGGACGCCGAGGACUUCCCGCUCGAGUGGCACAAGUUUUCUCGGAUUUUUUCCCUCCUCCAAGGCCCCCCGAAAAACGUCAGCAACGGGGCGCAAUGUGCUAGCCAAAUACCGAAGUCGAAGAAUAGAAAAUCACUCGCCGAAAAAAACAUUGGGAUAGCACCAAAAAAAGAAAAGAAAAAAAGAAAUAAAAACGUAAAAAAGAGCAAGGACUGCGGUGCAGCAUAUGUGUAUUUCAGUGCGCUUUCUGUGAUGCCACAAGGACACAAGGACACUUCAAGUGACAGCAACAUUCGCGAGUUUUUCGUUCGCCAAGAGUCUUCCAUCUAGGACGCAGCAGGAGCAGGAACAGCAGUAUGCGCAAGCACAAAGCGCCGCCCAGCGGCAGUCCAAGGACAAUGCCCCAGGACACGGCUUCACAAUCGUCAGAGGAGGCAGGAGUCGGGGAGUCCCCCACCAACGGGGAAGCUCCUCUACUGCUGGGCCACCACGCCCCCGCAGAUGCCACCGCAACUGCAGCAGCAACAGCAGCUAGUCGCCUGGCCCCGCCCCUCUGUCAGCCUCUCAACAUCGGUGGCAGCAGCAGUUCCGCCGGCAAGGAGCGACCGCGUCCCUCCGUCCGGUUCGCCUCCCUGCUGCACGUGGCCAGCUACGUGCUCUGCCUGUGCGCCUUCAGCUUCGCCUUGUACGGCAACGUGCGGCAGACGCGGCUAGAGCAGCGGAUGCAGCGCCUCCAGCAGCUGGACGCGCGCAUCGUCGAGUUGGAGCUGCGGCUCGAGCAGCAGCAACUGCUCCACUGGCCCGCUGACCAGACGCAGAUCCUGGCCAGCAGUUCCGGCGAGAGUGCCAGCAGCAAUGGCAGCCAGCAUCUGGAGCUGCACGUGCGACGGGAGCUGCAUCGUCUGCGUCGGGACGUAUCGCACCUGCAGCUCACGCGACGGCAGCAGCGACGCCAGGCAGCGGAGGCGGCGGCAGCGGCCAGCGUUGAAGGUGGAUCCGGUAAUGGCCAGUGCCAGUGUCAAGCAGGUCCUCCAGGUCCGCCGGGUCCGCAGGGCAAGCGAGGGAAACGCGGCAAGAAGGGCGAUGCCGGCGACAAGGGCGAUCCGGGCCUCAAUGGCAUCGGUGGGGAAAAGGGUGCGGCAGGCAAGCCCGGUGACAAGGGCCAGAAGGGUGACACCGGGCAUCCUGGCAUGGAUGUGUUCCAGACGGUGAAGGGUCUGAAGAGAUCGGUGACAACGCUGCAUGGCGGCACGCUGGGCUAUGCGGAAAUAGUUGCUGUUAAGGGUGAGCCUGGAGAGCCGGGUCCACCGGGACCGCCGGGCGAGGCGGGACAGCCUGGUGCGGCUGGUGAACGUGGACCACCGGGCGAAACCGGAGCGCAGGGUGUCCAGGGCGAGACCGGACAGCCAGGACCCGCCGGACCGCCUGGAGCGGCGGGCGCACCUGGCACGAAGGGCGACAAGGGCGAUCGGGGCGAUCGUGGCCUCACCACAACCAUCAAGGGCGACGAGUUCCCCACGGGCAUCAUCGAGGGUCCUCCGGGGCCGCCGGGACCACCUGGUCCGCCCGGAGAGCCUGGAGUGCGGGGCGAGGAGGGACCCAUUGGACCCGCCGGACCGCCUGGCGAGAAAGGACCGCGCGGCAAACGCGGCAAGCGGAUAUUCGGACCUGGUGGCACCAAAUUAGACGAGGACUACGACGAUCCGCCGGUAACCCUACUGCGAGGCCCACCGGGACCGCCUGGCACGGCCGGCAAGGAUGGACGCGAUGGACGAGAUGGCAGCAAGGGAGAGCCUGGAGAGCCAGGCGAGCCGGGAUCUCUGGGUCCGCGAGGAUUGGACGGACUGCCGGGUGAACCGGGCAUCGAGGGACCGCCAGGAUUGCCGGGAUAUCAGGGUCCGCCCGGUGAGAAGGGCGAUCGCGGAGAUAUUGGUCCGCCGGGACUGAUGGGACCGCCGGGUCUGCCCGGACCACCAGGAUAUCCGGGAGUCAAAGGCGACAAGGGAGAUCGCGGUGAUUCGUACCGCAAGAUGCGCCGUCGCCAGGACGACGGAAUGUCCGAUGCCCCGCACAUGCCCACCAUCGAAUACCUAUAUGGACCGCCAGGACCUCCGGGACCCAUGGGUCCGCCAGGACACACCGGCAGCCAGGGAGACCGCGGUCUGGACGGACGCAAGGGGGAUCCGGGCGAGAAGGGCCACAAGGGAGAUCAGGGACCCAUGGGCCUGCCGGGUCCAAUGGGCAUGCGAGGCGAAUCGGGACCCUCGGGACCCGCGGGAAAAGCUGGCAUACCGGUGUGGGGCGACUACUAAUACUAGUUAAAUGGCAGUCUCUAUUAAAUAAUAACCAGUCUAAAAUGCGACUUGAAAGCUAAAAGAAAACAUUCCUAGGCUCACGCACACACUCACACCGAAACACUCACAAAUGCAAAGUCUUAAAAAAACACCCAAAAACACAGACACACAAACAGACAUUUGAGGAAAGGAAAACAAAUUUAAUCAAAGCAAAACAAAUGUUCAAAGUUACGAAGCCGCGCAACGCUUGUCAAAUGUGCUCAGUUAUCGUCUAAAUAUAUAUAUAUUAUGUAUAUGUAUAUCAAAUUGUACAAACACGCACCCAUGUACAGAAAAUCAAAUACGAAAUAGCAGCAUGUCAGUGCCGAGUAAGCAAAUCAAUUAAUUGCACACGGCAGAGAACAGAAAUCAGAAAUCAGAAAUCCGAAACCAUAAAACAUAAACCUAAAACCGAAACCGAAACACCCUCCACCCGCAUGAAGAAAAAAAUUAAUAUUCAUAUCAUUUAAAAUGCCCCAAGAGUCAAAUAAGUAUUUAUGUAUACAAACAAGUAGCGCAAACAAACAUAUGUCUACAGAGCGUAUUUACAAACGUCAAUCAAUCGAAUCAACUAACACACUUUGAGCCAUUCCCCCACACAGCCCACACACCCCCUACACCCCCACUCACACACUCUGACUAGUAAGCCAGCUAACAAAUAUGCAAUGCAAAUAAUUUAAUUGCAUUUCAUUCGCCGCUGCUCUGUGCGAAGCAGUCGCAGCAGCAGCAGGAGCAGGAGAAAAUGCAUAAAUCAUACGCACCGUGGUACGUGGCAGCACUGGGUCUUCUAGGGUUUCCACGAGUGCGAAACAGCACUAAUUGAUAGAUUAUGUCGAAGCCGAGUUGCUAUCAUUGACAAUUUGCGGUGAUUGGCUUAAUUAUCCACAUAAUCAGAUGAUCCUUGACUUUCUGCUUCCGCUCCAGCUGCAGCUUCCGCUCCUUCUCCUGCUCCUGCCGCUUGCUUGCAUUGUCUUAGGUGCCGUCCAUGGGCUUUGUCUGAAUAUUCGAAUAGUACUCGUUCAUGCAAAGCAUAAUUGCCAAAGCUUCAAUGUGAAACACAAGAGCCAGUAGAAGAGACACAGUAAAGUUGUACUUAAGCCAGGAAUUGUUCCAAUUAAUGGAUAAUUUCAAGACGAAAUUGUAAGAUAUUUUGAUUCGGAUCUCUCUCAAUGUUCGCAUAGAUAUUGUUUAAUUAUUUCUGCCGUACUAAGCGGAUUUAUACAUACAACAAAUGGCAAUUGAAAUGCAUCUCACUCGCGUAUAUCCACAACAAAGAGCUCUCCCAUCCAAUUGUGCAUAUUUUACAGUGUUAAAAACUUAAAUAAACCCUGAGAAAGAGCAGAAGUUAGUUAGGCUAAAGUUACACUAUACAGAAGACAGAGUCGGCUUACUCUCUCCCUCCCGAAAUGCGAAAAAUAUCAAUAAUAAAUACAUAAUCUUACCACGAGUAUGUAUCCUAUUGGUUUCAUGGACAUCUCAAACAAAGUAACGCAAAUAUUUCUAUUUAUACAAGAAAUAAUAAAGAAUCGAAGGCGUAAAUUAACAUUUUUCAAUGCGAGUGCUCGAACUAGGCAGGGGACAAAAAUCAAACAUAAUCAAUGCAAAUGAAAUAAUGCCAUGGAAAUAUGAUAAUAAAAGUAUAUAGAACUGCCCAGUCGACAGCGCAUUUCCAAAUCCGCAGCCCAUAAAAAUUCAAUGGGAAUUAUUGAAUAUGCAAAUGGGGAAAUGAAAACGAAAAUGGAAUGGAAUGGAAAAUUUUUGCAGCUUUAAUGUUUGCAUGAACAGCCAACAGCAAACGGCAUCGAAAAUCACAAAGAAUAUGUCAAUUUGUUUUCAAUUAGAUGUGUCUCGUUGUUGUAAUAAUCCCCAAAUGGAAAACAGAAUACACAAACAAUUUGCAUGUCAAUUUUCAUUUAAUCCACUAAAUGUCAAGCAACCCAACGUGUACAUACGCUGCGAUAAAGAAUGGAAUUUAAUCAUAUAAUUAACUAUUAAUUUUUCUAGCUGUUUCACCUCUCUCUUACCAUCUUGCUCUCUAAAUAUAUAAAUAUACUUACUCUGUACGCUCUAGAUUCCUUCACUCACUAACUACGAACUCAACUCUCUCUCGAUCCAUAGGCUAGAAUAAUGAAUUGUGUUUUCGCGAUUGAAACUUAAACUUAAACAUUAACAUUAACCCCUAAUUACCUAACUAUAAUUGAAGAGCAAGCGAAAAGGUAAAACCCCUAAUAAGCCGCUAACCGUAAUUGUAAGUGUACAUUUGUUAAUUACCCCAUAAACAAGAAGAGUUUGCAAACGAAAUAAAAAUAAUAAAACAUAAAGCAAAUCUAUAUAUAUAUAUAUAUAUAUACAAGGAUAUAUAUUUACGUGUAUUUAUGUCUAUAUACUAAAUGUCGAUGUGCGAGUGCAUUAUGCCAUCACGAACCCCAAUACCAUAUUUUUAUCUGUGCUGCUGCGUGCAUUCCAAAUGUAUAAUUCCAUAUGAUUCGAUUGAUAAAGUAAUAACGUAAUAACGUAAUAGCGCAAUGCGAAUCCCGACAAUUGUUUGCCUUGGCCCCUCCCGAGCAUGUGCGAAUCGCGGUUAAGCGGCGAGCAAGGCAGGCAAACAAGGCAAGGCCACAGAAUGACAGAUUGUAAAAUGAUUGCUAAACGAAACUAACAUAAUUUUCGUAUUAAUUAUGCAUUUUCAAUAAAGUGAUGGUUUUUUACUAAACAACAAAAUUUAAACACUCAUUUGCGAGGCAGGGUGUUCCCACUUUAUGCCGCUCUGCUAACCACACGCUUUCCCCAUUUUCUCUCCACUCUUUUUUCGCUUUCUCC